CCGUUGUUAUUUCACAUAUUUCAUUCCUCUUUUUCGACCCAUUUUCUCAAAUAUCUUCUGAAUUCUGAUUUACGCUGAAUAGAUUGAAAUCCCCCAGCCCCCAUUUGAUAGUGAAUCCGCAUUUGCCCUAAACCUAGUCUUCUCAUUUGAUUUUCAAGUUUCAGAGUUGAAAUCGCUGCCACAAAUGGCUUCAAGAUCCGCAACGAAAGAUUUGAUCACUCUUCGCGGAUCAGCCGCCAUUGUCAGUGAAUUCUUUGGUUAUGCCGCGAACAGUAUUCUGUAUAAUCGUGGAGUUUAUCCAGAGGAGAGUUUUGCAAGGAUGAAAAAGUAUGGGCUUCCAAUGUUGCUAACUCAAGAUGAAGGUGUAAAAUCCUUCAUCUCAAACCUAACUUCCCAGCUCUCUGAGUGGUUGGAAGCUGGGAAGCUACAGAGGGUAGUUCUUGUGAUCAUGAGCAAGGCCACUGGUGAGGUCUUAGAGAGGUGGAAUUUCAGCAUCGAAACUGAUAAAGAAGUCGUCGACAAGGGAGUUCCAAGAGAGAAGAGUGAUAAGGAGAUAAUGAGGGAGAUUCAGGCAAUAAUGAGGCAGAUAGCAUCUAGCAUUACAUACUUGCCUUGUCUUGAAGAAACAUGUAUAUUCGACGUUCUGGCUUACACGGAUACGGAUUGCACGGUCCCGUUUACGUGGGUAGAGAGCGAUCCUAAGCUCAUUGCCAAUCCACAGAUGGUGAAACUGCAUUCCUUUGAUACUAAGAUUCACAAGGUUGACACUUUGGUUUCAUACAAAAACGACGAAUGGGACGAGCAAUGAAAUCGCGUCACGUCAGAUCCUUCUUGGUUGCUUUGCAUUUGAUGAUGCAAGUCUUAGGGUGUGAAUUAGUUAAGUGUGUGUUGAGACAUGAAUGAGUAGUGGGUGGAUCUUGUGAAUCAUUGAUUCACAUUGAGCUUUCAAUUUUUAAGUUGUAUGUUUCCAAAUCUAUGUUCUAUAUACUAAAAGAAAGUAAUAUCCAAUUUUCCCUCCCAAAAA